GCCGCGGGCUCGCGGGGACCAUGGGGCGCGCCGGGCCCCGCGCCGGGCCCCGCUGCUGAAGGCGCCCGAGCCGCCCCGCGCCGCGCCCCUGUGCGGGGGCCCGCGGCGCCCGGCGACAUGUGGGUGAACCCCGAGGAGGUGCUGCUGGCCAACGCGCUGUGGGUGACCGAGCGCGCCAACCCCUACUUCAUCCUGCAGCGGAGGAAGGGGCACGCGGGCGACGGCGGCGGCGGCGGGGGGCUGGCGGGGCUCCUGGUGGGGACUCUCGAUGUCGUGUUGGACUCCAGUGCCCGGGCCGCCCCAUACCGGAUCCUCUACCAAACCCCGGAUUCCUUGGUCUACUGGACCAUCGCCUGCGGAGGCUCCCGGAAGGAGAUAACGGAGCACUGGGAGUGGCUAGAACAGAACCUCCUGCAGACUCUUUCCAUCUUCGAGAAUGAGAACGAUGUCACCACCUUCGUGAGGGGCAAGAUACAGGGCAUCAUCGCUGAGUAUAACAAGAUCAACGACGUGAAGGAGGACGAUGACACGGAGAAAUUUAAGGAGGCCAUCGUGAAGUUCCACCGGCUCUUCGGGAUGCCAGAGGAGGAGAAGCUCGUCAACUAUUACUCCUGCAGCUACUGGAAGGGCAAGGUGCCCCGGCAAGGCUGGAUGUACCUCAGCAUCAACCACCUCUGCUUCUACUCCUUCCUGAUGGGGAGGGAAGCCAAGCUGGUGGUGCGCUGGGUGGACAUCACGCAGCUGGAGAAGAACGCCACGCUGCUGCUGCCGGACGGGGUGAAGGUGAGCACACGCUCCAGUGAGCACUUCUUCUCCGUCUUCCUCAACAUCAACGAGACCUUCCAGCUGAUGGAGCAGCUCGCCAACAUCGCCAUGCGGCAGCUGCUGGACAACGAGGGCUUCGAGCAGGACCGCUCGCUGCCCAAGCUGAAGAGGAAGUCGCCCAAGAAGGUGUCGGCGCUGAAGCGUGACCUGGACGCCCGGGCCAAGAGCGAGCGCUACCGCGCCCUGUUCCGGCUGCCCAAGGACGAGAAGCUGGACGGCCACACGGACUGCACCCUCUGGACGCCCUUCAACAAGAUGCACAUCCUGGGCCAGAUGUUCGUGUCCACCAACUACAUCUGCUUCACCAGCAAGGAGGAGCAGCUCUGCAGCCUCAUCAUCCCACUGCGCGAGGUGACCAUCGUGGAGAAGGCCGACAGCUCCAGCGUGCUCCCCAGCCCCUUGUCCAUCAGCACCCGGAACCGGAUGACCUUCCUGUUCGCCAACCUGAAGGACAGAGACUUCCUGGUGCAGCGCAUCUCGGACUUCCUGCAGCUGACCACCUCCAAGAUCUACUCGGACCGGGAGUUGGCAGGCAGCUGCAACAGCUCCGACGAUGAGGUGUACUCGCGGUCCAGCAGCCUCCUGUCCUCCAGCCCGCAGAGGAGCUCGGGGUCCGAGGCCGAUGGCGAGCGCCAGUUCAACCUCAACGGCAACAGCGUCCCCACCGCUACGCAGGCCCUGAUGACCAUGUACCGGCGCCGGUCCCCCGAGGAGUUCAACCCUAAGCUGGCCAAGGAGUUCCUGAAGGAGCAGGCGUGGAAGAUCCACUUCGCCGAGUACGGCCAAGGCAUCUGCAUGUACCGCACGGAGAAGACGCGGGAGCUGGUGCUGCGGGGCGUCCCCGAGAGCAUGCGGGGUGACCUCUGGCUGCUGCUCUCGGGGGCCAUCAACGAGAAGGCCACGCACCCCGGCUACUACGAGGACCUGGUGGAGAGGUCCAUGGGCAAGUACAACCUGGCCACGGAGGAGAUUGAGCGGGACCUGCACCGCUCCCUCCCCGAGCACCCCGCCUUCCAGAACGAGAUGGGCAUCGCGGCCCUGCGCAGGGUCCUGACCGCCUACGCCUUCCGCAACCCCAGCAUUGGGUACUGCCAGGCCAUGAACAUCGUGACGUCGGUGCUGCUGCUGUACGCCAAGGAGGAGGAGGCCUUCUGGUUGCUGGUGGCGCUGUGCGAGCGCAUGCUGCCCGACUACUACAACACCAGGGUGGUCGGAGCGCUGGUGGACCAGGGCGUGUUCGAGGCGCUGGCCCGGGACCACGUGCCUCAGCUGUACGACUGCAUGCAGGACCUGGGCGUCAUCUCCACCAUCUCGCUGUCCUGGUUCCUCACGCUUUUCCUCAGCGUCAUGCCCUUCGAGAGUGCCGUGGUGGUGGUCGACUGCUUCUUCUACGAGGGCAUCAAGGUCAUCUUCCAGCUGGCCCUGGCCGUGCUGGACGCCAACGUGGACAAGCUGCUCCACUGCAAGGACGACGGGGAGGCCAUGACCGUCCUGGGGAGGUACCUGGACAGUGUGACCAACAAGGACAGCACACUGCCCCCCAUCCCGCACCUGCACUCCCUGCUCAGCGACGACCUGGAGCCCUACCCUGAGGUGGACAUCUUCCGGCUCGUCAGGACCUCCUAUGAGAAAUUUGGAACCAUCCGGGCCGACCUGAUUGAGCAGAUGAGGUUCAAGCAGCGACUGAAGGUGAUCCAGACGCUGGAGGACACCACCAAACGCAAUGUGGUGCGGACCAUCGUGACAGAGACAUCCUUCACCAUCGAUGAGCUGGAGGAGCUCUACGCUCUCUUCAAGGCCGAGCACUUGACCAGCUGCUACUGGGGCGGGGGCAGCACGGCCGUGGAGCGCCACGACCCCAGCCUGCCCUACCUGGAGCAGUACCGCAUCGACUCGGAGCAGUUCAAGGCCAUGUUCGCGCUGCUCUUCCCGUGGGCCUGCGGUACCCACUCGGACGUGCUGGCCGCCCGCCUCUUCCAGCUGCUGGACGAAAACGGAGACUCUCUGAUCAACUUCAGGGAGUUCGUCGCUGGGCUAAGCGCCGCCUGCCACGGGGACCUCACAGAGAAGCUCAAACUCCUGUACAAAAUGCACGUCCUGCCCGAGCCCUCCUCGGAUCCCGACGAGCCUGAUUCCGCCUUCGAAGCCACGCAGUACUUCUUCGAGGACAUCACCCCCGAGUGCACACAUGUGGUCGGCCUAGAGAGCAGGAGCAAACACGGCAUGGACGACGGCUUCGUGACCGUCAGCCUGAAGCCGGACAGAGGGAAAAGAAGCAAUACUCAAGAAAACCGGAAUUAUCUGCGACUGUGGGCUCCAGAUAAUAAAUCAAAAUCAAAGAACGCGAAAGAUUUACCCAAGUUGAAUCAGGGCCAGUUCAUCGAGCUGUGCAAGACCAUGUACAACCUGUUCAGCGAAGACCCCAAUGAGCAGGAGCUCUACCACGCCACGGCCGCCGUGACGAGCCUGCUGCUGGAGAUCGGUGAGGUGGGCAAGCUCUUCGCCAGCCAGCCGGGGGCACAGGGCGGCAGCGCUGGGGCCCCCCAGGGCCUGCCAGGGGCCAUGCUGUUCCCCAAGAAGCCCACAGCGGCAGCAGCGGCAGCAGCAGCAACGGGGGCGGCAGCUGAGCCGGGCCUGGCGGGCGAGGCCGAGGAGAGCUCCCUGGGGGCCCAGAUGGAGGACAUCAAGCUGGAGGACUGCUCGCCCCGGGACCACGGCGCCGGCUCGGCCAUGCUCAUCUCGGACGAUGACACCAAGGACGACAGCUCCAUGUCGUCCUACUCGGUGCUGAGCGCCGGCUCCCACGAGGAGGACAAGCUACAGUGCGAGGACAUCGGGGAGGACACGGUGCUGGUGCGCAGCGGCCAGGGCCCCGCCGGGCUACCCCGGAGCACCAGCCUUGACCGUGACUGGGCCAUCACCUUCGAGCAGUUCCUGGCCUCGCUGCUCACGGAGCCCGCCCUGGUGCGCUACUUCGACAAGCCCGUGUGCCUGAUGGCCCGCGUGAGCAGCGCCCGGAGUAGCCGCCUGCUGGGCCGGGCACCCGGCUCGGCCAGCGACUUCGACCUGGCCGCGCUGUCGGGCUGAGUCUGCCCCCGCCGGCC